AUGUCUGAAACGUAUUACAUUCCAAAGGCCAAAAAUCGUGGCAAUCCCGCUGGAAAAUUAUACAGUCGUAUAAAUUACAUUAAGCAGUCUGAGCGUAAGCGCGACCAGAAGGAAAAACAGCACACAGCUCCGAACAGCAACGAUUGUGAUAGCGCAGAUGUUUUGCCUGAGGUAGCGUCAUCAUUAGCUUGGUUGGAGCUUAACAGUAGUCCUUGGGCGACUGUUCUGACACAGUGGGAAAUUAGUUUUCCUGCUCGAAAGUUUUCUCUACGACAGUUUUCCAAGUCCAGUCAACUCAUCAAUAGCUAUCCGCAUCUGAAAACCAAAUGUGGAUAUCAACUGCUGGAUAUUGAUUACAGACUGCUAAGGCUGGGGAGUCCAGGAGAGUUACUCAAGAAGUGGGACUCAUUGUUCGAGCCAAUUGCAAGAUACGUUAAUAAAAAUGCUAAAGACCCAUCGGCCAAGGAUUUGAGUCUUGCUCUUAGAGAUAACACGCUUUCUAUCGGUUGUCGGUUGUUGCACUUACUCAGAGCGUUGAAUACUGUACUGAUUCCUGUUAAAGCAUCGACGGGAUUUAAACCAACCGUAGCAACAGGUCAGCAAGAUACGUUUCUGUUGGUCGAAAGCAAAGAUCGCGCUCUCGUUGAGUUGGACAAGGUGGUUCAAAUAUACGAGGAGCAACACUUUUCCGUACCACCAAAGCUAAUAGUUAUUGGAAACAGCUUGACCACCGCUGCUGAGGAAUGCAUGGUAGCGUACAAGGACAUACUUUACAUUCUUCCAACCAUUGUGCGAGGCAUUGACGUUUUGGCGAAACUUCAAAUAGUCUUGGGAUUACCCGUUUCUAAGUAUUCCAAGUUGGUGUGGGUAUUCAUCGAGCAAUUCGUAUACGGUGUGGCAUCUGAUCACGGGGGCUAUUUGUGCAUUAACAAGUUAGUUCAGUUCUUGAAUGCCCAGCCAAGAUAAUCGCGUGUUGCAUAACAGAAUGUUCUUCAAACUUUAAGACAGCUGAUGAACUGAUAGAACAUGUAAAAGUACAUAAUCCGUCCGUUGAAUAUUUAUAUAAAUGUACAU